AUGGCGUCUAAAUCACUCCCUAACGUGAUAAACAAUUGCUGCAUGAAUCUUUAUAAGUUCCCACUAAUUAAUCCUUUAAAUACCAUCAGCCAUGAAAAACUGCAUUCAUUCAGACCUAAUGUCACCAAGAAGAUCUGUUGCUGUACUGUUACAAUUACCUCUUUACCCUCAUCACUUUCAUCAGUUAGGGUUUGUAACAAUUCUGCUAGUUUACCUCUUAACUGGAGGGAUGUUCAAGGCUUAAACAACUGGGAAAAUCUCAUCCAACCGUUAAAUCCUCUUCUCCAAGGUGAAAUAAUCCGUUAUGGCAAGUUUGUCACUGCAUGCUACGACGCUUUUGAUCUGAACCCUAAUUCCAAACGCUACUUGAAUUGCAAGCACAACAAGAACCGAAUGUUUUUAGAGGUAGGGUGGGGAGACUGUGGUUAUGCGGUUACAAAAUAUGUUUAUGUCACCGCUAACAUCAGCAUUCCAAUCCAAAAUGGUGGUUCGUGUGCCCGGUGGGUAGGGUAUAUUGCGGUGUCGUCGGACGAGGAGGUGAAAAGGAUUGGGAGGAGGGAUAUUUUGGUAACUUUCCGUGGGACAGUUACUUAUCAGGAAUGGAUAGCGAACUUAAUGAGUUCGCUAUCUCCUGCAAGGUUGGAUCCUAAUGAUCCCAAACCUGAUAUCAUGGUUGAGGCUGGUUUCCUCAACCUGUAUACUUCUUCUGAGACCAACAAUAGAUUUGGUCUUGGAAGUUGUCGAGAACAACUUCUUUCAGAAAUUUCUCGGCUUUUAAGAAAAUAUAAAAAUGAAGAAUUAAGCAUAACGUUAGCAGGGCAUAGCAUGGGUAGCUCAUUGGCCCUGCUACUUGCGUAUGACAUAGCAGAAAUUGGCCUGAAACCACCCUCGGUCCCAUUAACCGUUUUUUCAUUUGCGGGACCAAGGGUUGGGAAUAUCCAUUUCAAGGAAAGGUGUGAAGAAUUGGGAGUGAAAGUUCUCAGGAUCGUUAACGCAAACGAUCCUAUAACAAAACUCCCAGGGGUUAUAUUCAAUGAGUCCUUGAAUACUUGGAGGAGUGCUUGUUAUGCCCACGUCGGAAUUGAAUUGGUACUCGACUGUCUGAAGUCAUAUGAAGACGAAACAUCGGGGAUCAUGAUAGAUACAAGAGUUACAAAAGUUGUGAACAUGAUGGAAUUAUUCAAGAUAGAGGACAUUCUAUGUGUUCAUGACAUGCAAACUUAUAUUGAAAUGAUUAAGAAUUGCCCCAGGAGAUCAAGAAUCCGAAGGAAAGGGGUUGAUUUGAUUAAAAAGUUGAAAGAAAUGAACACGACUUCAGUAGCAUGGAAAUAUGUUGCAAUAACAUGGGUUGUUUUGCUUACCAUGGUUGUGUAA